UGAAGAUCGGAUCCCAGCAUGCGACACAAUACACAUCACGGAACAGCGGCUUUGUCCGGGAAAUUGCAAUUGUGUUUCAGGUAAAAACGUUCGAUUUUCAUAGGCUGACCUUCUUGAGUUUCCCGUCGGCGGCUACCUUCCGCCCCUCUGUUUGGGGAUCUCACUGCUCCGGCGAACAUGUGCAUAUCUUUAAGGUGGGUCAGGUGUACUCUGCUUUCUCAGUAUUGGGGAAGAUUCUCAAGAUGGGUUUUCAACCGAAUAUUAUAAACUUGACUACACUGAUUAAAGGACUCUGUGUUAGUAACAAGGUUGGGGAAGCACUAGACUUUCACGAGGAGUUAAUGGCUAAAGGAUUUCAGUUAAAUGAAGUCAGUUAUGGAACCUUAAUCCAUGGGUUGUGCAAAACAAAGAGAACAAGAUCUGCCAUUGAGUUGCUGGAAAAGAUGAAGGGGCUUGGAAUUAAGCCUAAUGUGGUUAUGUACAACACGAUAAUUGAUGGUUUUUGCAAGGAUGGGCAAACGUAUGAGGCCCGUGAUUUAUGUUCUAAAAUGAUUGAUUGUGGAAUUUUACCAAAUAAUGUCACUUACAACUCACUUGCCCACGGUUUCUAUAGUAUGGGCAAAUGGCAAGAAGCUACUCAAUUGCUCCUUGAAAUGGUAUUGAAAGACAUCAAACCUGAUGUUUAUACCUUUAGCAUACUGGUUGAUGCAUUUUGUAAAGAGAGAAGGAUCACAGAAGCUCAAGCAUUGUUUGCUAGGAUGAUGAAAUGUGGUGAGAGGCCUAAUGUUGUAACUCAUGGUGCUUUGAUGGAGGGGUAUUGUUUGAUGAAUAAUGUUAAUGAGUCAAAGAAAGUAUUCAACAAAAUGAUCCAAAGUGGUUUGACACCUACUGUAGUUAGUUAUAGUAUUUUACUUAAUGGACUCUGCAAGGCUGAUAUGGUCGAUGAAGCUUUGGAUCUCUUUAAAGAAAUGCACCGGAAAAACUUUGCCCCCAAUGUUGUAACUUACAAUGCUCUCAUUGAUGGCUUAUGCAAAUCAGGAAGAAUGUCAUCUGCACAAGAUCUUGCAUGUGAGAUGUAUGCCAGUGGUCAACCCCCUAAUAUAAUCACAUAUAAUACCUUGUUGGAUGCAUUUUGCAAAAGCCAAAAUCUCGACAUGGGAAUUGUGCUAAUUAAGCAAGCUAUUGAUCAAAGAAUUUGGCCUUGUAAGUACACAUAUAGUAUACUCAUUGAUGGUUUGUGUAAAGGUGGUAGACUAGAUACAGCCCAAGAGAUUUUUCAAUACCUUUUGGUCAAAGGCCAUCAUCUAGAUGUUUGUGCAUUUAACAUUAUGAUCCAUGGCCUUUGUAGAGAAGGCUUGCUUGAUGAAGGUAUGAUCUUGCUUCAAAAAAUGAAAGAGAAUGGCUGCCUCCCUGAUUUAAUAACAUAUAGAACACUUAUCCGAGCCUUUUUGGAAAAGAGUGAGAAUGCUAAGGUGGAGAAGCUUCUUUUUGAAAUGACUGAUAGUGGUCUUCUAAAACAAUAAAA